AUGAAAUUUUGCAUAAUUGUUUUCGCAUUCUUAUUAUCCUCUGCCAUAAAUGUUCAUUCUUAUGUAAUUCAACGACGGGCUCCUAUUUCUGACGGAUGCGCAAGAAUUCAUAAUGAAUUUAUUACUAAACAAGCACUCAAUUUUAGUUAUGCCGAUGUCAAGGACUGUUAUGAAAGUUUUCCAUUUGAUAAAGACGUCGCUUCUAAGACGAUUGAUACUUUAACUGGUCUGCUCG